AUGGAUGUGCUGAGCUAUGAUAAUGUGCAAGUAGACUUCACUCUGGAAGAGUGGGCUUUGCUGGGUCCUUCCCAGAAGAAUCUGUACAAAGAUGCGAUGCUGGAGACCUACAGGAACCUAACUGCUGGAGGCUAUAAAUGGGAAGACAAAUAUACUGAAGAACACUGUCAAAGCUCUAGAAGAUGUGGAAGACAUGAAAGAAAUCAAAGGGAAACUAUCUGA